CUCCGCGCAGUUAAAAUGAAACUCUAGUGCUGGGCUCCCCGGCAGAGCGUGAGGGGAGCCGGCGCUGGCGGGGAUACCUCUCCUGCCCGCGCACAGCCGAGCUGACUGGACUCUCCAACCGGUCGCCAUCCCGAAGCUGCGGAAGCUUGGGUUCCCAGCCUGACGCGAACAGAGCCCGAGUCCCAGUCCCAGAGGGAAUCGCUCUCUGCAGACCAGUGGGACCCCGAAACUUGAACGCAACCCCCCCUUUCAAGCCUUUGUCACUUCCCCAGCUUUCUCCCAACGCGUUCUUUUUUUCCUCCUCUCCCAUUCUCUCUCCUCCGAAGGACACAAAAGUGGCUUCCGCUGAAAGAUUAGGAGGCGGUGGGGAGCUCUUCCCUUUGGAGAGCGAUUGUGUAGGAAGGAUUUUUCGGGAAGCGGCUCGUUAACACCACUGCUCUCUGCUUUCCGAGCCUCUCUGUAACCCUCGGAGCGCGAUGUACAAUACGGUGUGGAGUAUGGACCGCGAUGACGCAGACUGGAGGGAGGUGAUGAUGCCCUACUCGACAGAACUGAUAUUUUAUAUUGAAAUGGAUCCUCCAGCUCUUCCACCAAAGCCACCUAAGCCAAUGACUUCAGCAGUUACAAAUGGAAUGAAAGACAGUUUUAUUUCUCUUCAAGACGCAGAAUGGUACUGGGGAGAUAUUUCAAGGGAAGAGGUAAAUGACAAAUUACGGGACAUGCCAGAUGGUACUUUCUUAGUGCGUGAUGCCUCAACAAAAAUGCAGGGGGACUAUACAUUGACUUUGAGGAAGGGAGGAAAUAAUAAAUUAAUAAAGAUCUAUCAUCGGGAUGGUAAAUACGGCUUUUCUGACCCCCUGACAUUUAAUUCUGUGGUGGAGCUCAUUAACCACUAUCACCAUGAAUCUCUUGCUCAGUACAAUCCCAAACUCGAUGUGAAGCUGAUGUACCCAGUAUCCAGAUACCAACAGGAUCAGUUGGUAAAAGAAGAUAACAUUGAUGCAGUGGGUAAAAACCUGCAAGAGUUCCACUCCCAGUACCAGGAGAAGAGUAAGGAGUAUGACAGGCUGUAUGAAGAGUACACCAGGACGUCUCAGGAAAUACAAAUGAAGAGGACUGCAAUUGAAGCCUUUAAUGAAACUAUUAAAAUAUUUGAGGAGCAGUGUCAUACACAAGAACAACACAGUAAAGAAUAUAUUGAGCGGUUUCGCAGAGAGGGGAAUGAAAAGGAGAUUGAACGAAUUAUGAUGAAUUAUGAUAAGUUGAAAUCACGUCUUGGUGAGAUUCAUGAUAGCAAAGUGCGUCUAGAACAGGACUUGAAGAAACAAGCUUUGGACAACCGGGAAAUAGAUAAAAAAAUGAAUAGCAUCAAACCUGACUUGAUCCAGCUGCGGAAGAUCCGGGAUCAGCACCUAGUAUGGCUCAGUCACAAAGGGGUGAGGCAGAAACGCCUGAAUGCCUGGCUGGGGAUCAAGAAUGACUACGCUGAUGAAAGCUACUUCAUCAAUGAGGAAGAUGAGACUCUGCCGCAUUAUGACGAGAAAACCUGGUUUGUGGAGGAUAUCAACCGAGUACAAGCAGAGGACCUGCUUUAUGGGAAACCAGACGGUGCAUUCUUAAUUCGUGAAAGUAGCAAGAAAGGAUGUUAUGCUUGUUCUGUGGUUGCCGAUGGGGAAGUGAAGCACUGUGUGAUCUACAGCACCGCUCGAGGAUACGGCUUUGCAGAACCCUACAACCUGUACAGCUCGCUGAAGGAGCUGGUGCUCCACUACCAGCAGACAUCUCUGGUUCAGCACAAUGACUCCCUCAACGUCAGGCUCACCUACCCUGUUCAUGCACAGAUGCCCUCGCUCUGCAGAUAAGCAGAGUGGGAAAAGACGGCUCUCCAGCAUUUUUUCCCUAUGGUUUUAAUUAGACUAUGAUGAGGGCAUUUUUUCUACGUAGACUGCUUGUUUUGCACAAGUGAUUCUGUGAAUGUGAAAUGGAGAGGCCGAGCAGUAGCUGGCCCGGAUUUAGGGAUAAUGAGGGGCCCAGGGUCUCUGGACUCAGCUGUGCUGCUGCACUGUUGAAGCUGGAAGCAGAUACUGGUUUCAUGGGGGUUUCGCUUUGUUGUCAGGCACCUUGAACAGAACAGUUAGACUUGUGGUGGGCGGGUUGGGGGUUGAUUUGGUAGCCUCUGAAGAGUCCGUGUCCUUUUGUCUUCCACUCUGAGAAUGCAGCAGGUCAUGGUUCUGUUGGAGUUGUUUGACUUUGAUAGUCUCUCCCCACAAUAAGAAGCUAACUUUGGUUCUGUUGUAAGAUGGGGUUUGGUUUGGGGGGAAAAAGGCAACCAAAGGAAGUAGGGAGGUGUGGGAUUUCAUUUACAUAAUCUAAACCAAGGAGGCAAAAGACCCCUUCAAUGUUACUUCAAUUUUACAAUCAUAAUUUAGGCUUCAGCGUCUUACCAUCUCCUCCCUCUAACGCACUAUGUUCAUGAACCAGCAAAGCAACAUUGCCAGACCAAGGUCUAAGGGGAGAGCUACACUCAGUAGCUGAAUGUACACUUCUGUACCAAAACUUGAAAGUAAGGAAACUAGAAGCUUGAGUUUUAACAAACACUAAAAUUGGUCAGUGUGUUUCCUUUUUCCCUGGCCUUGUUUCUGAGAUGAAGAAUAGAAUUGUUUUGUGGGGAUAGUGAGCUUUGAGUCAUGUUUAAGUUGGUGCUUGUGUGGUGUUUCCUUAGCCUAAAGAAUGAUGUUUGAAACCUUUGUAACUAGUUUUAUGAGUAAAGAAAAGGUGCAAUCCAGUGCUUUUAGAUGGCUUGAUAUACCAAAUAAUGAUAGAGAACAUCAUUGUUGUGUGCUUCCCCAAGUGUAAAAGUCUUGCCAAAACUGUACAAGAAUUAAUUUGCUUUCAUCUCCCCUUCCUUUUCUGGAUAGGGUUUAGGGAGCCAUAGGUAGGUAAAGAACUCAGUUUGUAGUCAGAGUCCUCAGUAAAUCACAUGCACAUGGGCCCUUGUGUCCAGGGUGAAGGGCCCAUCACAUUACACGUUAUCUGGGGGAAAAAAUCUACAAGCUUUCCUAUUUGCCUUUUUUGUGAGCCUGCCAUUAAGGCAGUGUGCAUAGCCUCUCCUCAUGCUUCAGUGGCUGUGAUUUUAGGCCAGGAAUCUUCUGCUCCAUGAGGUUUAGGCCUUCCAUCUGAGUGAAGUUCAUUAGGUAGAGGGCAGGCUUCCUGGCUUCACACUCAUUUAACUAACAGUCCAGCUGCUUCAGAGCCAAUCCUGGAGCUGUAACAGGCACAGUGUGACUCAGCUGCUUGAGCCUAGUGACAUGCAGUCAGGCAAUUCUAGUUGAACAAGAUAAGCAGCCCAUACCAGGGGCUUGGCUCAUAAGGCUUAUCAUCAGGGAAGAUCAAAUUUGAGGGCCAAAAUAAAGACGAACAUGACUUUCCCUGAGCAUUUACUUCAGUGACAUUGUCUAGAAUGAACUACAGUAGAGAGAUCAAAAUUUUUGGAAAAGUGUUUGUCACAGUAAGGAUAGGAAGAAAGGGGCAUGCCAUUGCUGUUGACUUUUCCUUGUUAAUGCUCCAGUAUGGAAUGAGAGAAAACUGACCUCCUUCAGCCACUAUUCAAGGCUCUGCCUUGCUCAAAAUUGCCAGCUUGAAAUCUUGCUCAGUUUGCCAGGUAAUUUCCCAGGUGACGCCAGACUAGCAUACCCAUGUGACUUUGUAUUUGACUGAAUUUGCUGAAGCAGUUCCAUGCUCAGGGGUGGAUGCAGUCUCCUAUCUGGCACUAAAGUUCUAGUAGGUCCUGAAUGCUUUUUGUUUGUUUUGUUUUUCAAGACAGUGUUUCUCUGUGUAGCUU